CCGGCUCAGACCAGAAUAGAAAGCAGCCUCACAGCCUCGCAGCAACAGAACCUCCUGUUUAACAGAACCGCAGCCUCCCAGCCCAUGGACCUCCAGAGAAGCGGGUCGAUGGUGCGGCCCCCCAGCCCCAUGGACAGCCUGGAGAAGCAGCUGAGCUGCCCCAUCUGCCUGGACAUGUUCACCAAGCCCGUGGUGAUCCUGCCCUGCCAGCACAACCUGUGCCGCGGCUGCGCCAGCGACCUCUACGACUCCCGCAACCCCUACCGCUACUCCGGCGGCGUCUUCCGCUGCCCCACCUGCCGCUUCGAGGUGGUGCUGGACCGGCACGGCGUGCACGGCCUGCAGCGCAACCUGCUGGUGGAGAACAUCAUCGACAUCUACAAGCAGCAGCAGGAAGGCAAGAGCGAGAGCCCCGAGAGCCUGAAGCCCAAAGAGUCCAAGGAGCCCAUGUGCCAGGAGCACGAGGACGAGCGCAUCAACAUCUACUGCGUCAGCUGCCAGGCGCCCACCUGCUCCAUGUGCAAGGUCUUCGGCCAGCACAAGGACUGCGAGGUGGCGCCGCUGGCCAGCGUCUACCAGAGCCAGCGCGGCGAGCUCAGCAACGCCAUCGACACGCUGGUGGCCAGCAACGGCCGCCUGCAGGCGCUGCUCAACCAGAUGGAGGACGCCGGCCGCGCCGUGCAGGACAACGCCCAGCGGGCCAAGCAGGGCCUGGCCGAGCGCUUCGACCUGCUCUACGCCGUCCUGGAGGAGCGCAAGGCCCUGCUGCUGGAGCAGAUCGGCAAGGAGCAGGACGAGAAGGUGGCGGCGCUGCGGGCCCUGGCCCAGCGCUACGGCGAGCGGCUGCAGGCCAGCUCCGAGCUGACGGACACGGCCGUGCGCGCCCUGGAGCAGAGCGGCGCCGCCGAGUUCCUGCUGGCCUCCAAGGGCCUCAUCGCCAGGACCAAGGACGCCGCCAAGGCCUCGCUGGGCGAAGAGCGGCCCGAGCCGGGCUUCGAGAAGAUGGACCACUUCGCUCUGUCCACGGAACACGUGGAGGCCGUUCUGUCCAAGAUGGACUUUGGAGCCGCAGACCUGGAGGAGUUUGAGGACGCGGCGGAGGAAGAGGAGGAAGAAUGAGGACUGAAAGGACGAAGGUCGGGGAGGGAUCCUGCCAGUGCAAUAUGUUAACGUCAUUCUGUGUUUAUUUCCGUCUUUUUAUACUUUUGUAUUUUAAACCAGAAGCAGUUUAGCGUGUAAAUGUCUGUUUGUAGAUUCUCUGAUCAGCGUCUGUCUCUACUUGAAAUAAAGUUGAACUAAAGUCAA